AUUCAAUUGGUAUUCUGCAAAGCAAAGCUAAGCAAAUCAAUUUUUGUUCUUCUUUCCGGAUAAAGUAAGCCGAAGUUUAAAAUGGCUCCCAAAAGGAAUAAUAUGAUUCCUAAUGGCCAUUUCCAUAAGGAUUGGCAAAGGUAUGUCAAGACCUGGUUCAACCAGCCUGCCAGGAAAUUCAGGAGGCGUCAGAACAGAAUCAAGAAAGCUAAAGCUGUCGCUCCUCGCCCGGCCAGAGGACCUCUGAGGCCCAUUGUGCGUUGUCCCACCAUCCGUUACCACACCAAGGUCCGCGCUGGCCGCGGUUUUACUCUGGAUGAACUGAAGCAAGCUGGUCUCAACAAGAGGUUUGCCAGGUCCAUCGGCAUCGCUGUAGACCCUCGCAGACGUAACAAGUCACAUGAAUCAGUACAACAGAAUGCCCAGAGGCUAAAGGAGUACAAGGCUAAGCUCAUCCUCUUCCCCAUUCAUGAGAAGAAGAAGUUGAAGAAGGGAGAGGCCACUGAGGAGGAGCGCAAGCUGGCUUCUCAGCUGAAGACAGUCGUGAUGCCCAUCAAGCAGACCCAGGUGCGACCCAAGGCUAGGGCUAUCACAGAGGAGGAGAAGAAGUUCUCUGCCUUCACAGCACUCAGGAAGGCAAGGGCUGACCAGCGACUGGUUGGAAUCAGAGCCAAGCGGGCCAAGGAAGCAGCCGAAAACCCUGAAGAUCCUACCAAGGCUGGUAAAGAAGCUAAGGUCAAGAAAGCCAAGAAGUAAAGUGUAAAAAUAAACUAAUUUUGUUUUUAUACCGUUUA